AUGCAAAGGGGAUUGGAUUCAGAAACCAAAAAACAACUAGAAGAGGAGGAAAAGAAGAUAAUCAGUGAAGAGCACUGGUAUCUGGAUUUACCAGAACUCAAGGAAAAGGAGAGUUUUAUAAUAGAAGAGAGAAGCUUUAUGCCAUGUGAAGACCUACUUUAUGGCAGAAUGUCCUUUAAAGGGUUCAAUCCAGAAAUUGAGAAGUUAAUGAUCCAAAUGAACUCUAGGUACAAGAAAGAAGAAAUUGAAGCAGAUGAUACAGCCGAGGCUGACGUAUCAGAUGAAGAAAUGGCCAGAAGAUAUGAAACCUUAGUGGGAACUAUCGGGAAGAAAUUCUUGAAAAAGAGAGACCAGCGUGUGCUACAGGAUGAAGAUGAGAACAGUAACAUGACACCUAGCAAAGCUAAGAAAAUGUUCUUAAAACCCCAGGAUUGAUGUGAACUGCACAAUUGAAGCUAAUAGAAAUGUUAUCUACAGGGUAGAGUAACAUGAACUGGGCAGUGUUUAUUUUCCACCAAAUAAUGUAAGAUAUGUUUGUAAAUCUAAGUCUAUUCUGAUUGAAAUUUCUGCUGUCCACAUGACAAACAUACUUUCAAAGUGGAUGCGUAUAUAAUGGAUGUCAUACAUCCUUUCCCGUCUGAGCAAGUUGUACUGACCACGGGGCUCUAAGCCAAUUAGCUGUGUAAAUGUUGUGCAUAAGUAAGAUGGCUAUCCCGUGUGUUUGAGAGCAACAAUCUUUACAUUUUAUGAUGGUAAUUGAACGCAAGUAUUUCAACUAAAGAUGAGUUAUUGCCAAUCUUAUAAAGCAAUUCUGCUUUCAGUGCUUUUUUUACUGUAUAAAUUGAAACCCCUUACACUUUUUAAAUUGAAAGAAAUAGUCUGCAGAAACUUACACGUUUCUUUAACAAUUCUAAAAUUAAGUUGAAAAAGGAACAGAGAGAUUAAAUCCGUUUAGUUGAAUUUUAUUUUUUUAUAAAAUCUAUUUAAAGAGAGGUUUUUGUAAUAGAAGCCAUUUUUUUUUCUAGAAUAAGCUAAAUAUUUAUAUUGGGUGAUGUUUUCACUUUGACACUUAUGAAUCAUGAUCUGCUCAAUCUCUCACCUCCAAAAAAUUUUUUUGAUGUUCCUUUGGUUGUGGUUUUCUUUUCUGGCAAAAAAUUUCCAAUCUUAUAAACAAGAUCUGUGAUAGCAGGAUAGUGACCGCUUCAGAAACACAUCUUAAAGCUGAAUAAAAACUUUUAAAAGACUUUUGUGUCUGAUUAUUGUGGUUUAGGUAAUAUAAUAUAAACACUGAAACUUAACAUAGCCUGUGAGAUGUUUAGUGCAUUGUUUGAUAGUGUUUAGA